UCCAAUUCGUGCCUGUCAAUUCUACAAUAGAGCCUAACCCUGUAUUGAAGGAAAUGAAGCUCAAAUCUAGCCCAGCUUUCCUAAGGGCUCCCACCUUAGGCAUUUGGGUCCAUCAAAAUGUUGACUUUAAUGAGUAUGUUGCCCAAUUUGAAGAAGUUUCACACAAUAAGGCCUUUUAUGAAGUCACUUUUAAUUAUCCUGUAAAGCUGGACUCAAAGGAUGAGAGAAACAAUGUGCCAAAAUCAGAUAAUGCUUUAAGUUUUUACGAGGGUGACCUAGCUGGGGUUUCAAUUUCAUACGCAAAGGGACCUGGAGGUGAACAGUUGAAAUUGUACCACCUGAAUAACGACACUAAGGGCUAUGUUUUGCGUGAAUAUUGUGAUAGGCCAUCCGGCAGCACAGCAUUUCUAGACGACUACUAUCACAACAUGUAUAAACAGAAUGCUGAAAUGCCAGGAAAGAAUUUUGGUGUCUAUACAUUUGCAACACAUACUGAUAACCUGAAGAAAUCUGUAAAGUUUUACAGCGAGAUCCUUGGAGGAAGUCCCCUUAAAGAACCCCUUGAUCGUAAAACUAUCAAAGGUGAUGGUAUACAUAAUUUGCUAUUCCAAGUUGAUGAAUGGAAAGCAAAGGAAAAUAACAUUGAACCCAAAAAUGCUGGAAUCCCUGAUAUUUCUGACUCAGGGGAUAUGAAACUUCAGACUCAUUUCGUUCUUUUUGAUGAUAUUCAAAUAGAAAUCAGCCAGAUUUCUAGCACAAAAAGCAAUACGAAAUUCAAGCCAAAAUAUGAUGUCCAAACUCCAGCAAGUAUCAACAACAUGUUUCCAAGCUUUGCCGUUGACAAGGAGACAAACCUCAAUGAAUACAUCAAAGAGAUUCUGGAUAGAUCAACUGAAAAUGACUUCAGAGAAGUGAGAGCCAAUAGUGUCAGUGAAACUGAGGAUAAUUACGUGGUUGAGUUUACCAAAGAUGACCUGGAAGGCUUUAAGUUUGCUUUGGUGAAGGGGCCAUCGGGAGAGCAAAUAGGAUUCUGUCAGUUCACGGGUGUGGCGGAACAGGUGUUAAAAAAUGAGAUGUUGGACUAUGGUGCUGUAAGCACACUCUUUGAAGACACCCAUUCUAUCCUUAAUGGAAAAUGUGACUAUACUUGUAGCUUUAAACAUUACUAUGAUACUAUACAUGAGGAAUUGUAAAGACUCUGUUUACAUGAUACCUGACUGACAUCUAUUAAGUCUGAAUAAACCUUCUUAAUAAACAGUGGUUGGAAUUAGUUUGUAUUGUCAAUGAACUGAUAAAUAAAUCUCAUUCAAAUGACUGUGUUAUUUUCUUUUCGAAUUUGAAAUUAUACGAGUUAUUUUACCUGAGUUGAGUUUCAAAUUGUGCCCGUCUUUUUCUGAGCAUCUGUAAUAAUUCAUCAUCUUUCCCCUCCUCUCCAUCAGAGGAUGUUGGA